GCGGUCACCUCCGUGCCCGGGAAGAUGGCCCAGAGGCUGGCGCUCCAGCGGCUGCUGUCCCUCCCUACGCGGGGGUCCCUGGCAUCCCACGGCAGGGCCUUUGGCACCUCAGUUGGCCGCAGGAGCACUUUCAACGUGCAGGAUGGCAGCGACUUCCAGGACCGGGUGGUGAACAGCCCCAAGCCCGUUGUGGUGGACUUCCACGCGCAGUGGUGUGGUCCCUGCAAGAUCCUAGGCCCCAGGUUAGAGAAACUGGUGGCCAAACUGGAGGGGAAGGUGCUGAUGGCCAAAGUGGACAUUGAUGAUCACACAGACCUUGCUAUUGAGUACGAGGUGUCAGCAGUGCCAACUGUGCUGGCUAUGAAGAACGGAGACGUUGUGGAUAAAUUUGUGGGCAUAAAGGAUGAGGAUCAGCUGGAGGCAUUCCUCAAGAAACUCAUUGGAGCCUGAAGUAAAAGGGUGGCUGUAUCUCUGCCUCUGGACACGUCCAUGUUGUGCAUUCCUUGCCUGGGAGAGCUGAGGGCAGGUCAAUUGCCUGCCCUGUACAACCCGGGGGUUUUCUGUUUUGGUGUUUUUAGGAGAUGGAAAAUGUAACCCUUCUCUCCUUCUCCCCCUUCUCACAAGCAGCAGUAGUUGUAAAGGGCGCUAAGGAGCCGGGCUGCUUAUUCUCAAAACAGGGAAUGUGGCUGGAAUUAGAAGCCUGUGUUUAUCAGCCAAGAGCUGACAUGCAGAGCUGCUGCUGCUGCUGCUGAGCUAAGAGGAGGAAUGUUUUUGUCUUUGCCUCACAUCUGAUAGCCCAGAGCAGAGGGCAGCUGCUCCCUGCAAGAUGAUGGUACAUACCUGCCCUGGGUGGGUUUGUUUAAAGCUCAGAAUGCCUCUACCUUGUCUGUGAAACCUGUCUCUUUCUUCCUGUGUCUUUUUGUUAAUGGGACAGGUACAACUCCUCCACAAAUCCAUGGGCUCCCAUCAUAAUUUUAUAAGAGAAAAUUGGGAGAAGUAUUUCAUGGAUCUCCUUUUGUAUGUCUGCAGUAGAGAACUUUUAUCAGUCACUGCUGUCUAGCCAGGAGAAUAAAACUUGAUUC